AUGGUGGAUACUGAGGAUGUAUGGGUUUCGGACGAAGAUGAUAUAAUUUUUGAAAAAAAAGUAUCAUCAAAAGAAUGGGAAAGAUUAAAUGAAAAUUUUGGAAAUGUUGGGUAUAAAGAAGGAAUUGUCGAAGGUAAAGAUAUGACAAUACAAGAAGGUUUUGAUAAAGGAUAUUCCGAAGGCUUUAAUGUUGGUAAAGAAUUGGGAAGGUUAAGAGGUUUAUUAAAUACAUUAAUUGUGAUACAAAAUAAAAAGAAGAUUACUGAAAAUAAUCCAUUAUUGGAAGAAUUGAAGAAUCUAGAGAAAGAAUUAGCAAAUUUAACAUUUGAUAAAAUAUUCACUAAAGAAUAUUUUGAAUCUACAGAAAUCAACGGACUUGUUAAGAGUGCUAGUUCAUUUGCAUUUAGUAGACAUGUUAACGUAGGAGUAAUGCAAGAUGUUGAAGAUAUGAAAAUAAAUAAAAAUAGUUUUCUAGCAACAUUGAACGAAGUACAUUCAGCUUUUGGUGUCAGUGAUGAAGAAUUGCAACAGUGCAUCCAAAAUAAAAUUAUUCAAUUUGCAUCACAUAUUGAGGUAGUAUUUUUAAAGUUUAACAGACCCUCUAGCAGUUGUAAAACAGCAUUGGCAGUUACAAUGGCAAUGGCAUCAGAAUUUCCUUUUAUCAAAUUAAUUUCACCAGAAAGUAUGGUUGGAUAUUCAGAAUCAGCUAAAAUGACUGCAAUAAACAAGCAAACAUGUGCAUGUCAAGAAGUCAUAUUGACAUCUGAAGAAGAACAACAACUUAUUGACAAAGUCUUGUUACAACCUGGUGGUAUUGACACUCACAGUGCAAUUUCAGAACAUCUGAUCAAAACAAAUGUCCUUUCAGAUUUCCAUCAAGGAUAUCAUUUGAGAAACAGGAAACUUGACUUCACAUCACCACUAGUCCGUGCAGCUUAUCUUCAGGAACGUCUUGGUUCUAGAACCCAUGUACACACUUUACCAAAUUCUUUUGAAGAUUUUAUCAAGAAGAGAGUGUGGCAAAUGGAGUUUUACCAUGCAGCAAGACAACUGCUUCCAAAAGAUGUACAUAUCUCUCCAGAUGUUGGUGCUGUUUUUGCUUCAGAGGGCUGGGUGGACUUCUAUGUUGAUGAUGAACAUGAUUGGAUGAUAUAG